AUGGAGCGUUCAAAGCUGUUGGGUUUUGUGUUCUUGAUAUGCUCUACUAUUCCAAUGAUAUCAUGUUCUUCGGACAGACUGUUUAGUGGUUGGCCGAAGUCUAGCAGCGAUGAAAAUGUAAAAAUAAGGGUGAAUAUGACACGCAGAUCAGAGAGAGAGUUGGGUUUUUCUGAGAGAUUGGGUUUGGCUGUGGAUCGAAGUAAGAAGCGAAUGAAGAAGAUAGAGGCAUUGAUAAGAGGGCAAUUAGACGCUGAAACGCCCGUUGAAGUACGGGAUGGAGAAUUUCUGAUGAGCGUUGCACUGCGAACGCCAUCUGUGAGCCUUGCAAGGACUGCUUCUCUCAGCCUACGCCAAUCUUCGACCCCUCCAAGUCCUCCACAUUUUCCACAAUUCCCUGCGUAUGGCGAUGGUUCCUUCACCAGCGGCGACCUGGCUUACGAGACAUUGUCAAUUGGGAGCAGCAAGGUUAAAGGCAUUGCAUUUGGAUGCGGGCAUGACAACGAAGGACAAGGAUUCUCUCAGGGUGGUGGCCUUGUGGGACUGGGAAGAGGUGGUCUCUCCCUUAUCUCACAGCUGGGUUCCAAAGCAGAGAACAUGUUCUCUUACUGUCUUUUGCCCAUCACCGACUCUUCUUCACAAACCAGCACCCUCUUUUUCGGCGAGGGUGCUUCCUUGAGCGGAGGAGCCAAGACUCUCCCACUCAUCAAGAGCAGUAUCAUUCCCACUUUCUGGUACAUUCCUAUUACAGGAAUCACCCUCAAUGGUAAGGCACUAGAUAUUCCUCCUGGAACUUUCGAUCUGCAAUCGGACGGCAGUGGAGGUAUGAUCAUCGACUCCGGAACCACUGUUACGAUUCUGGACCAGGCUGCCUACUCUCCUCUCAAGGAAGCAAUUCAGUCCGCCAUUGAUCUCACUCCUGUAGACGGCUCUUCGACAGGUUUGGAUCUUUGUUACCACACAUCAUCCGCUCACCUCACCUUGCCAACCCUUGUCUUCAAAUUCAAAGGCGGCGUGGAUUACGAGCUUCCGGCAGACAACUUUUUCAUUCAGGCAUCUGAAAAUCUCUUGUGCCUAGCAAUGUUGGGUGAACCAUCGGGGAAUCCUUCCAUCUUCGGAAACAUACAGCAGCAAAACUUCCAUAUCCUUUACAACAAUGCUCAGAACACGCUCUCUUUCAAGCCCACUAAGUGUGAUUCUCUUUAA